CACAUCGCUCUCUCUGCGGCCUUAAAUCCCAAUAGCAUUGGAUCUGACUGUUUCUGAUCCGCUGUCUCUUCGACAAAAUACCCUCUCUCCUCUCGUCUGUCGCUUCUGCCACUUCUUCGUGCGACGGACCUCGAUACCAGAACUCGCCUGCUCUUUGGAUAAAUACGAAAGAAAGUUGGUGGCUUGUUACUUUCCGAUCCCACCGACAACAAUAAUCAACAAGGAAAGCCGCCACCUCAUAAGCUCGACAUCCUCUGCCAUCCCCAACAAUUCGCGAAUACACAGACGUCAUCCGAUCUGAAACACACAAUCAGUCAAGAUGAACAUCAACAAGAAGCUCGACAGAGUCAAGCAAUGGGCGGGAGAGAAGAUGGGCGCGGAGGCCAAGACCAACACAUCGGAGGAGUUCAAGGCGCUGGAGAUGGAGAUGACUCUCCGCCACGAGGGCAUGGAAAAGCUGCAUAAGUCGAUGACCACCUACGUCAAGUCCCUUUCUCGCCGCGAAGAAGUCGAAGAUCGAGAGAAGAUUCUGCCAGUUGGAUAUUUGGGCCAGACUAUGAUACACCAUGGAGAGGACUUUGAGCCAGAUUCCGAGUUUGGAAACUGCCUGAUUAGUAUGGGUAGGACAAAUGAAAGAAUUGCCAGAUCACAAGAGAGCUACGUUGCCAAUGCUACGACUGGGUGGCUGGAGUCUUUAGAGCGAUCGCUGGCGAUGAUGAAGGAGUAUCAGGCUGCACGCAAGAAGCUUGAGAAUCGUCGACUCGCAUACGAUGCUUCACUCUCGAAGAUGCAGAAGGCUAAGAAGGAGGACUUCCGAGUUGAAGAAGAAUUGCGCUCCCAGAAAGCCAAAUAUGAAGAGUCCAGCGAAGAUGUUCUCAGACGUAUGCAGGAUAUCAAGGAAGCUGAGGCAGAGAGUGUAGCUGAUCUGGGAGCCUUUCUGGAUGCGGAGCUUGAGCAUUACGAUAGAUGCCGGGACGAGCUCCUUCGUUUGAAGAGAGACUGGCCUGCAGGACAAACUUCUUCGCCUCAGCGCGACAAUCGUCGUCCAGCCCCUCGAUCUCGCUCCAACACAGCCCAUACGUAUGCCGAGAGAUACUCUGCUUACGAUGAACCUCCUCCAAUGCCAGAACCUGAACCUGUUCGACCAUCCAUUCGUUCCACCGGUCGUGUUGCAUCAUCUUCACGUCUUGAUCGACACGAAGAGUACCCAGAGAUUGACUCCCCACAAAGACCUGCCUAUAGUCGUUCCUCGACUUUCCAAGGCCCGACGACAAUUCAUCGCGAGUCCACUCCUGUCAAUGGGAUGCGCAAAGCUUCCAUUCCUCAAGAUCCUGGUGCGCUCCGAGCACAGCUUCGUCCUUCCAACCGCAUCAACACAAAUGGCACAGAUGUGUUCGGUGAUCCAUCUGACGACUCGACUCUGAACAGCGCUAGUCCUGAUCGUUCAUAUGGCGAGAGAUCUGUUAGCCCUGCUACUUCGCAGGGAAGUGUUGCCAGCAGAAGUGCCAGCUAUUCUACUCUAACGAACUCAAAUGCAAAUGCCAGAAAGGGGCCUCCUCCACCUCCACCAAGCAGAGCCAAGAAGCCAGCACCGCCACCUCCCCCAAUGAAGAGAGCAGAAAUCAGUUCUUCCAGCAUUAAUCGAUACUAAGUACUGGCUUGCCUAUAGCGUUUCUUUUCUGGCCAUAUUUUCAAGGCGGACGUUUGCAAAAAUCAAUACCUAGAUGCGAACGCCCAUAGCGACAUUUCCCACCUUCUCCAGCACUGGAUAUCUGAGCUUCUGGACUCGUCACUCCCUUUAAUGCACAUAAACCAUUGCUUUCAUUCCAUUUUCCGAGCUUAGUGCUCGUCGUCACAAAAGGCUCACUAGGUGGAUACUAUACCCGCACUGGUAUUUCUCUGUUUUUGCGUCUCAAGGGGCUGUUCGCCUCU